ACAUGUCGGAUGCUGGUGGAUACUUCCCUGACCCGCAUCGCAACGACCGGAUUGACAUCGAACAGCGCGCGCCGCCUCGUCUCAACGCACCCGAAGGACAUUCAUGGGUAUUUGGUCAGAAACUCGGUGCCGGUGGCUUCGGCAGAGCAUAUCUCUGGAACCUAGUCUCCAAUGCAGACCAGAAAAUUGUCGACCGCGUCGUGCUUAAAUAUACCGAAGUACGAUCAGAACAAAUCAUAAACCAAGGACUAGGGACUGGCCAGAUUAGAGAAGUCUUUCUGCAGAGAUAUCUAGUACCGAACGGCACAUCUCCAGACAAGGUCUUUACUGUACCCCUGUUGGGUGCUGAGCAUUGUUCUUGGUCGCUCGAUUCCUGGAGAUAUUACUCACCCUUCUUCGCUUUUGGUGAUCUCUACGAUCUUGUUCGAACGCAAGGUGUAGAAGAUCGAAGAGGCUCUACGCUGGAUGGGCAUCGACAGAUUCCGGAACCAUUUGCUUGGUAUAUACUGCACCGACUUGUUUCUGCUGCAGUAGUUAUGGAUACCGCAUUCCGCACCAGCGAAAGAGACAACCAGGUCGUCCAUGUUGACCUCAAACCCGAAAACAUAUUCCUCGGCGCUCCUGGAUCUCUGGGCAAGAACAACAACUUCCCAGCUUAUCCUCCGGUUUAUCUCGGGGAUUUUGGAAAUGCACACAUCACUUAUUCACGUGACCCAUGGGAUUUCUUGAUGUACGGAUGUUGUACAGUAGGCUGGUCUGCUCCUGAGAUCACGUCGUUUGGUGGUAGAUUGCGGAAGCAAUGGCAAGCCCCUGGAGGCUCUUACACCAUUGGCUGGAUCAUGCAGUCCAUCAUGAUGGGUGUAGCAAGCUGGUCGAAUGAUAUUCCCUGGAAUACCUCCCAUUAUGGUUAUGAACCCCGCUAUGAACCGCUCCCUAAACGCACGCCAGCACGCGAAGCAGAAACCCCUCUUCGCAGAGAGUACAGCCCUCAGCUACUCGACAUUCUCAACGCUAUGGUAUGUUUCAAACCAGAGGAACGACCAACACCACAGCAAUUAUUGGACGUCAUCGAGGAGUACAUGCCUCACUUCACUCAAGGCAUGGAGCGUUGGGGCACUAAUGAAUGGUUUGAAGAACUCAACAGCGGUGGAGGCUUCUCAGAGGGCGAUACCAGUAUUUCAGAAACCACACCACUGCGAGGCGAUGGUCCAGGUGUCACCAAAAAGUUCAUCGACAAGUUCAAACAUGUCUUCUGUGUGCCUCGCGCUCGCCCUAAGCGUCGCAGAUCCCCUAUCGACAGAGAUCUCUCACCCUCCAGUGCAGGAAGAGCAAAAGCUGCAUCUCGCAAACGUCGUCAAGACAUGGUCACCCGUCAAAUCAAAGAAGGCCUCAGACCAAAACUUGCACGUUACGUCAGUGCCGACCCAUCUGAUGAUAUCUUCAUCCUCAAAGACGAUCUCAAGAUCAUACAUCCCAAGCGCCCUGACACCAUUGGCGAUCCCUUUGAAGCUCCGGAUCCCAAGCCUACGCAUUAUAUGGAGGAUAUAGACGACGUUGAGAGGUACGCAGCAGCUAAGAGGGCUUUCGAAAGAGCACAUCCCAACGACUAUCCUCUCGUCGGCGUACAGAAGUACAACUUUAGAAAGGAAGGGGAAGAACCAGGAGAGACUGUGUUGGGCCCUACAGCCAAGAGA